AUGUUGUCAGUUCGCUUUCUGACAGAGGAAAGAUUCGUCAUUACCCGGGAUCGAAUUCUGUGUGGAUACUUGAUGGAGCCUCCACCCACAGGCACCCUAGAUUGUCCAAUGCUUACGCAGCGUCGUCGUGGCUCCAAUCUUUACCCUUACUGUCCGUUCUACAAUCCGAUUGAGUGCAGUUUGUCGAAUUUGACAUGUCAAGUGUGUUCCAACACUAUGCCUGGACGAUCCAGGGCCUCCGUCCUUGGACCUUCGAACAUGCGGUCACUACUCGCCCUGUUUCUCAUUGCACUACGCUCGCACCGUUCCCUCCAUCUGACGCCAGGCUGCUACUGA